AUGCUGAGACAACUACAACUACGCUGGAGCGGCCACCUCGUACGGAUGGACGACGACAGGCCACCCAAAGGACUCUUUUAUGGACAUGUCGCGCCGAGUUCACGCCGACAACGAGGUCAAGUCUGGGGCUACAAGGAUACUCUGAAAACCUCUCCGAAGCGCCUGCAGAUCAACCCGGCCAACUGGGAAGGCCUCGCCCAGAACCGACAUACAUGGAGGAGAAAAGUGAAUACAAGCGUUGCAAUCUUCGAAGCUAACCGCAUCACCGCCGUCAAAGCCAAACGCGAGACACAAAUCUCAACCGCCGCCGCCUCACAACGUCAACGCCUAACCGCCUCCAACGUGUCCAUGAUGGCAACGGACAUUAUUCGCGCCGAUUAG